ACCGUGCGUCACAUCCUCUUAAAACAUGGCGGCGCUCUCACAGAUGUCACACCGGUGUAACUUCGAUUAAACCAAUCCGCGUUAUUUUCUCACAACACCACGUCUGCUGCCAUCUACGUCGACCUGGUGGGAUCAAGAUUGUAUUCACAUUUAACAUUGGAGUGAAGACUAGCAUCAUGGUUCAUCUGUCGUCCCACCUCUUGAAGCGCUACCACGGGGGUUUUGUGGUCCUCCGCCUGGCAAUGGCAGGCCACCAUCAAGCCAACAGGCCGUUUUAUCGCAUCGUGGCGGCCUUCAACAAACGGGCGAGGGACGGUAAAUAUAUAGAACAGCUGGGAACAUACGACCCUCUCCCUAACAUCUACAACGAGAAACUCGUCAGCUUUAACUACGACCGCAUCAAGUACUGGAUUGGCUGUGGCGCCCACACGACUAAGCCGGUGGCCAAACUUCUAGGGUUGGCCGGGUUUUUUCCACUUCAUCCCAUGACUGUGACGCAGAUGGAGCGCCGCCGAGCCCAAGCAAAGGAGACAGAAAUGAAAGCAAAAUAUAGUGUGGAGGCUGAAGCGUAAAGGGUGGUUGCUUGUGUGAUGACAUAGCAGUUCUGACACACGUUGAAGUGUUGGGUUUUUUUGUACAUUCUUUGUCAUUGAUUUAGUGGGUAUGGCAAUGAUAAAACAUUAUGAAAUACA